AUGAAACAUAUUGGACCUAUAUUAAAUAUUGUACUAACUCGAAAAAUCACACUUGGGUUUUUAAUAACUUUGAUUAUUCCAUCUCUUGCUGGUUCAUUUUUUGUAUUGUAUCGUGUAACACAAAAGAGAGAAAUAUUUAAACAACUACAUAAUCAGUUGAUUUUCUGUAUUUUUAUGGUUUAUUUUAUUCAGACCAUACUUGAUCUACCUCUUACAAUCACAUUUCUUCAUCGAGGUGUAGUGGCAAUUCCAAAUUAUUCGUUUUGUGCAUAUUGGUUUAUUCUAAUGUCUGCUCUUAAUAUGUGCACUAUGCAUUUAAAUGCUUAUUUAUCAGUUGAGCGUUAUUUACUCGUAUUUCAUCAUAAAUUCAUAUUUAAAUACAAGAUCUUGACACAUUAUAUGCCAAUGUUUUUUAUACUUAUCAAUUCAGCAGUCUUUACAUUUUGUGUUGUAAUUUUUUAUCCAUGUCAAAAUGAAUUUAAUUAUGAUGCUAUACUGUGUGGUACUUCAUGUGCUGUAUUAGAUCCAAUAUUUGGGGUGUUUUUAUGGGUAAAUUCAUUUGUUGCACCAUUACUUAUUAUUAUUUUGUCAAACGGCUUUCUUCUUCUGAAAGUUAUUUGUCAGAAACGACGAAUGUUACAGAAAAAUAUCUGGCACAGAAAUAAAAAGAUGGUUUUACAACUUAUAUCAGUUACUGGAAUGUUAUAUAUUUCUUGGUUACCUCUAACUACUGCCACUGUUAUCAACAUAGCACAUCCAACUCAACUCUUAUCUGAACUUCAUCUCAAUUGGUACUUGAUUGGUUUGAUUUAUAUUCCUGUAUUAAGUUCACCAAUCACAACUAGUAUUGCAAUACUUGAACUAAGAGAAGAUCUUCGUGCAUGGUUUAAUAGAAGACGUCCAUUUUUUCGUGGCGUUCAAAUACAUGCCAUCAUUCCAACUGGAACUCAGUAA